AUGCUGCGGCUUGUCGUGUGGUCGGCCAAGAUUAGCCCACCCCUGAGCCCCCCACCCAGACCCAGCGUGUCCGCGUACUUCAGAGAUGUCAAGAGGACAACUCAUGAGGUGGAAGGCAAUCAGCCCAUAUGGAACGAGACCCUCAUCUGGCACCUCUGGAACCGCCCCCUGCAGAAGGACUCUUUCCUGCAAAUCACCCUUCGGGACGUGGGCUCAAUAAAGAAGGAAAGAUUCAUUGGCCUGGCCACAAUACUACUCAAGCCCUUGGUGAAUAAGCCAAGUAAGAUCCUUUUCGUGAAGGACCUGACCCUGCUCAACCAUUCCAUGAUGCCCACAGAUUGCACUCUCACCCUACAGGUGGACGUUAUGACCUACAAGGAUAUCGAGAAGACAGGCGAUGAAGACCACCUGGCCAUCAUGGCACAAGAGGUGGCCAGGCAGAAACGGAAGUUUCCCAGCUCCGCCGUACACAAGGCUCUGUCCCCAAAGCCUCAGCACUUCCGGGUCCGAAUGAAUGUGUCUGAAGCCCGGCAGCUCAUGGGCAAUGACAUCAAGCCGGUGGUGAAGGUGGUCAUCGGAGGCUACCGGCACCACACGCGGAUCAAGAUGGGAAAUAACGCUUUCUUCAGUGAGAUCUUCUUUCAGAAUUUUUAUGAGGUUCCUGCAAAAUUCUUCGACGAGACCAUCUUAAUCCAGGUGAUGAAUUCCUCAGUGAUGAGAUUCAAUGCAGAGAUCGGGCGAUUCCAAACAGAUAUUGGGUUCAUCUACAACUCUCCAGGUCACACACUCCUGAGGAAAUGGCUUGGCCUCUGCCAGCCAAAUGAGCCCAGCAGUGGUGUGAGAGGCUACCUGAAAGUCACCAUUGCUGCCCUCGGUGUGGGAGACCAGGCACCGGUAGAUCAAAAGCUGACCUACAGGGCUGAUGACACUGACAUUCAGAUCUUCAAGUCAUCGGUGGUGCCCAUCAACAUGGCCUACUUACAGUUCUUCAUCUACUGUGCCGAGGAUCUCCACCUCAAGAAACAUCACUCAGUGAGUCCUAUGUUGGAGGUGGAACUAAUUGGGGAAAAGCUCAAGACACAGGUGCAGAUGCAAACGGAGAACCCGAUAUGGAACCAGAUCCUGACCUUCCGGAUUCAGCUGCCCUGCCUCUCUAGCUACAUCAAGUUCAGAGUCUUGGACUGCCCCAGGAACAAGUGCCAUGAUGAGAUUGGGACGGUCAGCCUGUCCCUCAACCAGAUCUCGUCCACUGGAGCAGAAAUAGAAGGCAUGUACUCUGGCUUCCUCCCCUGCUUUGGCCCCAGCUUCCUGACUCUCCGUGGGGGUAAAAAGGCCCCUUUCAGGAUCAAGGAGGAAGAUGCUACUAUUCCCAGCAUUGUUAAGGAUGGUUUAGCUUAUCGAGGCCGAGUCUUCCUGGAGUUAAUCACCCACAUCAAGUCCCGUCAAGAUGCUAAGAUGAAGGAUCUCUCCCGAGAUGUGAUCAGCGUAGAGAAGCACCAGAACCACCAGAAGUAUGGGCUGUGCGUCAUCUUCCUUUCCUGUACCAUGAUGCCCAACUUUAAGGACCUGAUCCAAUUCGAGGUCAGCAUUGGUCACUAUGGAAACAAGAUGGACCUGAGUUAUAAGCCUCUCGUCUCCACCACACAGUACAGCCAAGUGAUAUAUGAUGGGAACAUCUACCAUUAUGUGCCCUGGUACAACACCAAGCCCGUUGUGGCCGUGACCUCCUACUGGGAGGACGUCAGCUUCCGCAUGAACUGCCUCAACCUCCUCCAGUUCACUCGGGACCGCCUGAAAGCCAAUCUGGACACCCUGAAAUCCAUGAGGAAUCCAAGGGACCCGGCUCUGCUUCCCCAGUGGGAGAAACUGCUGAGGGAGCUGAUGGAGGACUGCAAGUACCCACUGCCCUGCAUGACUGAUCAGCCCAAAGCAACCGACCUGGACAAGAAGAGGUGGCAGCUCCGCAGCCUCCUUCUGCAGGAGCUGGCCCGGAAGGCCAAAGCCCAGCCCAGGGACAUGGUGGCCACUGUAGAGGGCUGGCUGUACCGCCUUAAUGCCAUGCUCCCUGAGCCCCAGAUGAACCUCCCGGACGUGAUGAUCUGGCUGAUGUCCCGGGAGCAGCGAGUGGCCUAUGCACAGGUGCCCGCCCACACCAUCCUGUUCUCCCGGACUGGAACCCGGCACUCCAGCAGGUUCUGUGGGAAGACACAGACCCUCUUCCUGCAGUACCCAGAGGGUGAAGGAAAGGACACGCUCCCGGCCCAGCUCCGGGUCUGCAUGUGGCUCGGCAACGUGACCGACAGCAAGGAUCUGCAGCUGCUCCGCCAGGGCGAAGUGGUCGUGUCCGCGGAGACGUACGAGAACCAGGCCAAGCAUAAGGACCAGUGGGGACAGGAGUGGCUGCAGCACUGCCCCAGCUUCUCGGACGUCAUGGGGCACAAGGCCCUCCCCAAGGAGAAUUUCAAGGAGCCCCAUGGAUGGCACUGGCAGGGGCCAUGGACAGGGGAACCUCAGCGGAGGCUCCUCCUGGACACAGACAUCAACAAGAGCCAGGUGCUGGAGGAGGUGUACGAGAACUAGCACCGGGACGCCACGGGGGCGUGGGUGCCUGCCGCCAUCCCCAACACAGAUGCGGGCAAUGAGAGCUUGUGGGGACGGAGCAUGUGGUCACCGGUGGUCUGGCUGGAUGUCCAAAACCGGAUCCUGCCCCCUAUGAGGUGGCACCCCCUUGUAAAAGGGUUGGAGGAGGAAGAGGGCGAGAUCUUGGCGUCCUGUGAGCUGAUCCUCGAGACUGAGGUGCCGGGAGAGAGGCAGCUGCCAAUCUUAAGUGUUCCCUGGAAGAAUGGGAUCUACAUCCUGCCCAAGAGCAUCCAGCCCAAGCUAAGGAAAUGGCUACUGAGGUUGCUGGUCUGGAGCCUUCAGAACAUGAAGCGGGUGCGUUCGCCCCAGCUCCUGGUGGAAUGCUGGGAAGAGUUCGUGCAGACAGAGCCCAUCAGGGACUUCCAGACCAAUCCCAACUUCACCCAGUCAGCCCUCUUCCUCACGCUGUACGUGCCUACGGAUGAGGCCUUCGCGCUGCCCCUGGUGCUAAAGGUGGUGGACAACCAGGACUUCGGCCAGGAGACCGUGGUGGGUCAGGCCAACGCUGACUCCCUACAGCCCUACUUCUGUGACCCCUGGGCUGAGGACUACAUGCCCCCACGGCCUCCAAUGCUGUCCGUGAAGAAGUACCAGGAGCUCCUAGGUUACCUUUAUGAAAAGUUCUGGCUCAAGUCCAGCAAAGCUGAGGAUGAAUACGAUCAGGAAGUGGACUGGUGGAGCAAGCUGUUCUGGGCCACAGGAGAUGCUCCCCAGUACCUAAAGUACAAGUACAAAGAGUAUCACACCCUGAAGGUAUAUGACUGCGAGCUGGAGGCCGUGCCAGCCUUCCAAGGCCUGCAGGACUUCUGCCAGACCUUCAAACUCUACCAAGAAUGGCCCAAGCUGGACAGCCCUGUGGUAGGGGAGUUCAAGGGCCAAUUCUGGGUCUACCUUUUUCCUGAGAAUCCAGAAGCCCCCAAGCCCCCUCGCCAGUUCCUGCCUUGGCCUAAGAAAGAGGACUUUCCUCAGCAGUGCUUGGUGCGGGUGUACGUGGUGCGAGCAGUCAACCGGCAGCCCCAAGACACCAAUGGCCUGUGUGACCCUUACAUGAUCCUGAAACUGGGAGAGACAAAGCUUGGCGAGCGGGACAAGUACCAGCCCAACACUCUGAACCCCAUCUUUGGCGUGAUGUUUGAAAUGAGCUGCACCAUCCCCCUGGAGAAGGACCUAGAGAUCCAGCUGUAUGACUUUGACCUAUUUUCACCCGAUGAUAAGAUUGGAACUACAGUCAUCGACCUUGAAAACCGACUCCUGUCCAGCUUUGGAGCUCGUUGUGGGCUCUCCAAAUCCUACUGCCAGUCAGGGCCCUUCAGGUGGCGGGAUCACAUGCCCCCAACUGCUCUUGAACACCACGCCAAGCAGAAAGGACUGCCUCCGCCUCUGUUCAGCCCUGAGGAUGACUCUGUGUUUUACAAUGGGAAAAAAUUCAGACUGCAAAGCUUUGAGCUCAAGCCCCCUACUGCUCAUUUGGGAUCUAAGAAAGAACGCCUUGCGCUGUACCUCCUGCACACCCAGGGACUGGUACCUGAGCACGUGGAGACCCGCACACUGUACAGCAACGGCCAGCCGGGCAUCGACCAGGGAAAGGUGCAAAUGUGGGUGGACAUCUUCCCCAAGCAGCUUGGGCCUCCUGGCCCCCCAUUCAACAUUAGGCCCAGAAAGCCUAGGUAUGAGCUGCGCUGCAUUAUCUGGAAAACUGCCCACGUGGACCUGAAGGAAAACAGUUUAAGUACCGAGAAGAUGAGCGACAUCUAUGUCAAAGGGUGGUUAUUCGGGCUGGAGAAGGACAUGCAGAAGACAGAUGUCCACUACCACUCCCUGACGGGGGAGGGCAUCUUCAACUGGCGGUUCAUCUUCACCUUGGACUACCUGGCAGCAGAGCAAGCGUGCGUCUUGAGUCAGAAGGACUACAUAUGGAGCCUGGACCCCACGGUGAUGAAGUUCCCAGCCCGGCUCAUCAUCCAGAUCUGGGACAAUAACAUCAUCUCCGCGGAUGACUUCCUAGGGGUCCUGGAGCUGGAUUUGUCUGACAUGCCCCUCCCGGCCCGGCACGCCAAGCUAUGCUCCAUCAGGAUGAUGGAUGCUGACCCCAAGAGGCCUCACUUCCUCCAGUACAAGCACUGCUCCCUCUUUAAGAUGAAGACUGUAAGCGGCUGGUGGCCUUGCCAGGCCCUCGAUGGUGGCAAAUGGUGCUUGUCGGGUAAAAUGAAGAUGACCCUGGAGAUUCUGACAGAGAAGGAAGCCUUAAUCAAGGCAGCAGGAAGAGGCCAGUCGGAACCCAACCAAUACCCUACACUCCAUCCUCCCCUACGCACCCAUACCUUGCUCACGUGGCUCCGGUCACCCAUUGCAAGGUUCAUCCAUGUUUUCUGGAAACGCUACCGCUUCAAGAUCAUAGCCAUCUCAAUCAUACUGCUUAUGGGGCUUCUACUGUUCAACUUUAUCUAUUCAGCUCCAAACUAUUUGGCCAUGAGCUGGGUCAAGCCUGAACUUCGGCUGAAUGCUCCCGUUCAAAUAUACGCCAAUAUCAUCAAUUCACUAAAUACCAGCAACGCCAACUCUUCCAACCUCCCCAUUCCCUGUCAGAACCUGAAAUCUGCAACAGGCCAUAAGCUGAAACUCCUCCAGGGACACAUAAAGCACCUGCGAGCUAUUUUCCCAGAACUUCCAGCCCCACCAGACUAA